CUUUCUGUAUUUUAAGCGUAAUUUUCCAAGAAAUUGCUCGUUAACCGAGGUGAUGAAGACCCCGUCAUUUGUAUGCUUCGUAUAUACAUGAUCUCAACUUCAAACAGGAGAUGGCCCAUGAUCCCUAGCAUCUAAGCACUCAAUAGACAGGAAAUGGCUUCUAGUUUUCCCAGUUUUGAAAAAACAAUUCAAUUUCUUUGGCUUUGUUUUUUCAUUAGCAACCUUCUUGAUCUUGCUCAUGCCGAUCCUCCUUACAGUGUUUGCUCAAACAAUUCUAACUAUUCAGCCAAUAGUACAUUCCAAAACAAUCUCCAGAUCCUCAUGUCCUCCGUUCGUUCAAAUGCAUCAGUUUCAAAACUUUACAAUACCUCUACUGGAAAUGACCUUGACAGAAUCUAUGCUCAAUAUAUGUGCAUCAACUAUAUAACAAAUGAUAGCUGCAGUACUUGCAUAACGGCAGCAUCACAAGAUAUCAUGCAGGUUUGUCCAGGAGAUAAGGAAGCAGUUGUAUGGGAAGAGCUAUGUCAAUUGCGCUACUCGAAUCAAAGUUUCUUAGGCCACUUGGAUGUCUCAGGAAACAUUGGCCGAGAUAAUAAAAAAGAUGUUGAGAAUCCAGAGCAGUUCAGAUUGGUGGUCAAUGAAACUUUGAGUGACCUUACCAAGCAGGUAGCUUUUAAUGCUUCGGCAAAUAUGUACGCUACUAGACAAGCAGCCUUCACCAAUACAGAAACACUGUAUGCCUUGAUGCAAUGCUCCACAGACUUAUCUCCAGAUGAUUGUAACACGUGCCUUCGGGUUGCCAUGGAAAAUAUUCCCAGUUGCUGUGAUGCUUCUCGUGGAGGGCGGGUUCUUAGCCGCAGUUGCUACUUAAGGUAUGAGUUAUACGCUUUCUAUGAAGGUGCCAAUAACGAAUCUUCAAAAAGUCCUGUUCCAGAAGAAAAAAUUAAUGGAGGCAACAGAAGAAAAACAUGGAUUAUUAUCAUCCUGACAGUUGCAGCAGCACUUCUCGUGGUGGUCAUCUUAGGCUCCCUUACCUUCUAUCACGCGAUGAGAAAUGGAAUUAAAAAAUGGAAAAAACAAAAUACAGGACUGGAUAGAAAUUGUCAUGGGAUCGGUCACCCAAACAACAAUGAUUUCCAGCUCCAAAAUUUUCAGAGAGAUGACCUUAAUGAUGGGGAAUCUGCAUUUAUGGAUUUGGCAUCUAUAUAUGCAGCUACUGGUAACUUCUCUGACUCAAAUUUGCUUGGACGAGGUGGUUUUGGCCCAGUUUAUAAGGGAAAACUGAGUGAUGGAAAAGAAGUUGCAGUGAAGAGACUUUCAGCUUGCUCUGAGCAAGGCACAGAUGAGUUUACCAAUGAAGUUAUGCUAAUCAUGAAACUCCAGCACAAAAAUCUUGUCAAGCUUCUCGGCCUUUGUGUUGAUGGAGAUGAAAAGCUUCUGGUCUAUGAAUUCAUGCCUAACAGAAGCCUAGAUGUUUUCCUCUUUGAUAAAAAGGAACGUGCACGGCUCAAUUGGCGAACACGAAUUGGUAUCGUAAAUGGAAUUGCAAAGGGCACUCUUUAUCUCCAUGAGGAUUCUAGGCAUAGAAUUAUUCAUCGAGACCUGAAAGCUAGCAAUGUGUUGUUGGACAAGGAUAUGAACCCAAAAAUCUCAGACUUUGGAAUGGCAAGGAUGUUUGCAGGCAGCGAAGGCGAAGCCAAUACUGCUAGGAUAGUUGGAACAUAUGGAUACAUGGCACCAGAGUAUGCAAUGGAAGGAUUAUACUCCACCAAGUCUGAUGUUUUUAGUUUUGGAGUUCUUCUGCUUGAGAUCAUAACUGGAAAAAGGAAUUCUGAAUUCAACAAAUCGAAACGUGCUCCGAGCCUCCUAGCUUAUGCAUGGCAAUUAUGGAACGAAGGAAAAGAACUAGAGUUGAUAGAUCCACUGAUGGCUGAUUCAUGCUGUUCGGAUGAAUUUUCGCGAUCCAUGCAUAUCGGUUUAUUGUGCGUCCAAGAAGAUCCUUGUGAGAGGCCUACCAUGUCCUCGGUUGUUUUAAUGCUGAAAAGAGAGAGUUCAAUUCUUACCCAACCUGAUCGGCCAGCAUUUUCUGUGGGAAGAUUCGCAGACUACGAGGCUAAUGCUGGCAAUUGUUCUGUCAAUGCUUUAACAAUUUCAAGUAUUUCGCCCCGUUGAUGAAGUUGAUCACUGUGGUCCUUCAUUGUACAUUGUGGGGCUGGGUUAUUUCCAUUUUUUUUUUCUUGGUGAUAAAGAGGGGCAGAGCCGGUUUAAGUUGAAUGGAGAAUUGUAUAAAAUUAUAAAUAAAUCUUUUAAAAUAUUUAAGAAGUAUUUUUUUUAUUGUUUCUUAUGUAUAUUUAACAAGUGAACUCUUAAGCAAUCUU